AUGGUCUGUAAUCAAGCUAGCAUGGAGAGGAAAGAAAUCAAGGAAUUUAAUGGAGGAAAAUCGGGUGAGGAAACAUCCAUACAAGGAUGCAAGGAUGCGGCGAAUGAGGGUAUGUUCUCACUGAAACUUAACAUGAGCAAAGCUUAUGAUAGGGUUGAAUGGAAUUCUUUAAAAGGGAUGACUGGUAAGAUAGGCUUCUAUUCACGGUGGGUGGAUAUUAUUGUGAACUGUGUUACUACUGUUUCUUAUUCUAUUGUGGUUAAUCGAUGCAUAACUGAUUCUUUCAACCUGAAAGAGGACCUUCGCCAAGGGGACUCAUUAUCUCUUUACCUUUUCCUGAUCUGUUCUGAAGGUCUUUCAGCACUUUUAGCAAAAAAUCAACGCAAAGGUUUCUUGCUAGGAAUACAAGCAAGCCAAUCUGGACCUAGAGUUACUCACCUAUUUUUCGCUGAUGACAGCUUUCCUUUUACCAGUGCAAAUAGGAGCGAAAGCGAAAGGGUGAAGCACGUGCUACAGCGAUACGAAGAUAGCUCUGGCCAAACAAUUAAUUUCGAUAAGUCCGCACUGUAUUUCAGUAGUAACACAACAGAGACUCAACAAGAAGAGAUUAAAGAAGCCUUUGGGGUUCAAAUCACUUCCAAACCAGAGAAAUAUUUAGGGUUGCCUUCCAUGGUAGGAAGAGACAGGAAACGGGCAUUCAGAGGGUUGAAAGACAGGAUAAGCUCAAGAUUAGCAAGCUGGUCGAACAAAACUCUCUCAUUGGACGGGAAAGAGUGCAACCAGCAACUAUUGGUGGAGGCAUGGAAAUGCGAGGACAGGUAUCAACUGGAUGAGUUAGAAACGGAUGUGCAAUCCAAAAACAAAGGGGGGAAUGGGAUUUAG